ACGGCGGGGGAGCUGAGCUGAGCUGAGCUGAGCUCCCCUCCACCCGGGCAUUGCUCGGAGAGAGUCCAGGCAACUGGGAUCCACAGAGAGGGGACCCCCGCGCCACCACAGCUUCGUCCAAAGGCAUCAGGAGCAAGGCGGGGGGGGCGAUGCUUGGAAGGGGAUCGCUCUGCAUUGGUAGGCGCUGCUGAGCUGCCUUUUUUGCAAGUUGCUAAUCUUUUCCACCAAAUUUUCUUGACUGUUGGAAUUUUUCUGUGACACUUGGGAAUAUAUUGCAGAGGUGCUCGACAUCUGCUAUUCAGUCCUGUGUUCUACACCCUUUAGCAGUUUCUUUUUUGAACAACAAACGGAGAGAACUGCUCGCGUUGCUGCUGCUGCUGCUCCAGCUGCGUGUGUGUGUGUGUAAAAAGGAUGGUGUAUCUGUAGCUGCCACGCACAAACACACAUUUGACCAUGAGGACUCUUCGCAGGUUGAAGUUCAUGAGUUCGCCCAGCCUCAGUGAUCUGGGCAAGAGAGAGCAGGCAGCCUUGGAUGAGCGGGGAACCCAGCAGCGACGGGCCUGCUCCAAUGCUACCUGGAACAGUAUCCAUAAUGGAGUAAUAGCAGUGUUCCAACGUAAAGGGCUCCCAGAUCAUGAACUUUACAACCUCAACGAAGGAGUUAGGCAACUACUGAAAACUGAGCUGGGAUCCUUUUUUACUGAAUACCUGCAGAAUCAGCUGCUUACAAAAGGCAUGGUAAUACUGAGGGACAAGAUCCGGUUUUAUGAAGGACAGAAGCUGCUGGAUUCCUUAGCUGAAACCUGGGAUUUCUUUUUCAGUGACGUUCUGCCCAUGCUUCAGGCUAUUUUCUAUCCUGUGCAGGGGAAGGAGCCCUCAGUUCGUCAGCUGGCUCUCCUGCACUUUCGGAACAUUAUAACCCUCAAUAUUAAGUUAGAAGAUGCCCUGUCACGUUCCAGAGCCAGGGUUCCACCUUCAAUUAUUCAGAUGCUGCUAAUACUCCAGGGGGUUCACGAAUCUAAAGGAGUGACUGAAGACUAUUUGAAACUGGAAUCCCUGAUACAGAAGGUGGUUUCCCCUUACUUGGGCACAUAUGGUCUGUAUUCCAGUGAUGGACCCUUCACACACUCCUCUUGUAUUUUGGAGAAGCGGUUCUUCAGACGUUCCAAAUCAGGUGACAUCCUCGCCAAGAACCCCGUGGUGAGAUCGAAAAGCUACAAUAACCCACUGCUGACCCCGGUAGCUGAGUAUGAAACAGAGGGUAUUGCAGCCAAUGGAACUGGCAUUCGAAGGCACUCCGUUUCUGAAAUGACUUCAUGCAUGGAGCUACAAGGGUACUCCAAUCUCACAACCAUCAUGGACAAUGGUUCCAAAAGCUCUAUGACAACCACGAAGAGCUCACUCUCAGGAGAACAAGAAAAGCCCAGUGCCAGUUCAGUGCAAUGUUCCAGCAAACUCAAUGCAGUUGAGCAACAGCAAGGACUCUUUCACACCAUGGGUGAUCAAAACAAGGCUUUUGAGCUGGCCAGGGACCCUGCCUUGAUUCCAGUCCCUUCUUCCAGCCCCGAGAAUAUAGUGGACCAGAUUUUGGAGUCAAUUGACUCUGAUUCUGAAGGAAUUUUCAUAGAUUUUGGCCGAGGUUGUUCAAAUUCAUCAGCGUACAACGUGGAUGUGAGCAGACAGAGCAUCGUGUGACAGACAGGAGAAAAGUCCUUGGUUUUAUUAUUAUAUACAAGUAACUGGUAUGUUCGGCAACACAGCAGGGAAUAGAUAUACAUACAGAGCCAAAACCUCAGCAGGUGUAAAUCAUCAGUAUUAAAAAUCAGUGGAGCUAUAGUGAUUUACACCACCUGGAGAUAUGGCCUCUAAUUUUUUUUUUAAACCACCAACCUAUUUUCUUCCCAUCAUUCUGCAGUAAGAUUUCUUACUGUCUUUGUAAGAUUGUGGAUUGUUUGUUUUUUCUGAAUGGAAAAGAGUCUAAUAGAAAGCUGUUAGUGCAGCUGGAUAUGUUCAUUUACUAGCAUAGUCCAUUGUAUGGCUGUGUUCACCUUUAUUUUUAGUUGUCUUGAAAGAUUCCUGUAAAAGUGCAGGUUGCUCUUUGAACAACACGAUCUUGGCUGGGAAAAAAACCUUAAAAAAAAAAAAAAAAAAGAACAAACCAACUGAUGUGGUCAUAAAUGUAGCAGAAUACAAUGAUUUAUAGUGACACUUUUUUUUGUCCUUUUCUUGGUAUGUCUUGUAUGCACUCCUCUAACCGCAAUGAGUUAGGAUUAUUAGGAAAAAAAGUAAAAUAAACAACAAUGUGCUACAUAAUGUGAUGCAGUGCCUGGCAUCUAAUGUUUUGUUUCACAGCCAAUAUAGUGUCUAGGUGAGAGAGAUGUCCUAUAACUGGGUUUUAAGACUGUGUUAAUUUGCUUUUAAUGUGACACUUCCAAGAAUUUUGUGCACUGUAAACUCUUGGACAACUCUCCAUUCUAUGGUGAGGUCCCAGCAGAACACAAGUUACUUGUUUCCUGUGUAAAUAAAGUUAUGGCCUUUCAAUGGAAAUCUUAAUUAUUUAUCAGGGACCUUAAAGGAGUACUAUGCAGCAGGUGUUGUAAUUAGGUAUUGACAUGUAAAGGAUUAGCAUAUGAACCAGCAGCCCUUCUGAGUAUGCAUAGUCCCAUCUCAUACCAGUAGUCCCAGGGAGUCAGUGGAGUUAAUCUGUUGAGAUGUGUACAGAUGAUUUCAGGAUCAAGCCCCCAGAACAGUGCAAAGGAGUUUGGCCACUUGACAUCCAGUAACAUUAAUGUGCACUGUGCAGUUACAUGCCAGUACCAUCUAGGGUUUUGACCUGAUGGUUUUAAAGUAAAUGUGGAACCCAUUACAGAUGCCACAUUACAAUGAUCUGUCCUGGAGGAGUGAAGUCCUGUAAUUAACCAUAGAACAUGGUCGAUAUCCAAGCAGCAUUUGUGAAAUCUUCCCUCAGUACUUCAUCGUCAUGUCUUAGUUCUGGCUCAGGAGACACCUGCACAGUUGUUUAGUCUCUUACUACUAUGGAUGGUCUGUCAAGGCUGAGGUAUAUUUGUAGGGAGGUGCCCCAGAAGCUUGCAGUGCCACUGGCCACCCUGCUGUUUCUAUAAGUAAAAAGGACUUUUCACUUGCACUAAAUUUAUUUAAAAGGGGGAAAAAGCAUUU